GGGGGUGAAUCCAAAAAUGCAUUAUUCUCUCCAGCCCACACUAGCCACCACUGGACUGUACCACAUCACCGAGGAAGGGGUUAUCAUCGCUAAGACUGACCGCCUACGACCCUUUGACAGGCACAUCCUAGAGGUGGUCGCUAUGGAUGAGGAAUCAGGUGAGGUUGCUAAAGCCUCAGUCGACAUAGAGCUGCUACAAAGAAGCCAGCCAAUUCCAUGGACACCUUUCAGAGACAUGGAUGUGAGGAUAGCUGGCGGUAUCAUGGGUGGGAUGCUGCUGCUGUUAGUGACCACCCUGUUCCUGCUGAUCCGAUGGGCCAAGAGGAGGAGGAGGAGACAGAGACAAAACCCAGCCGGRCGAGGGGCUGUCGCCCUGGGGAAACACCUCAAAGUGGUAAACUCGGGCCGGCCCAUGAUCCCCCUGGCCGAGGAGGUCUCCUACCAGAACGAAGGGUUCAGCAUAGACUAUGAGGCCUCGGGAGGUUCCGGAAGCCUCCUUGGGAGMCAUGGGGUCUACACCAGGAAACAGUCGCUGAUCCCGCCACCGCCACGCUGCCACAGCAGCCUUCCAGACUGCGGCUCCAGUACCGUAACAGGCGACAUGCUGCCUAUACUGGUGAUGCCAGAGCCCCUGGUUAAAUACCUCACUCCCUCCCUCGUCUCUAAUGGCAGGAAAGGUGACAGCACCAUCAGCACAGGGGCUGUGACAAAAGACGAGAAGGAGAGGAAUAAGCAGAGGGAUAUGGAGAAAGAGGAGGAGAUGGAAUGGGAGAAGCAGUGGGAACGCGCUGUUGGCACAAAAGAGAAGAGAAAUUCUGAGGGGGAAAGGACGGAUAAGUCGAGAGAUGUUUUGAGUGCUUCUAGUGAGACCGCAGAUGUAAGCGAGGCCUCUGAGGACCAAACAAACCCAGAAAAGCCUCAGAGCCAAAGGAUGAAAACACASCAAAUCAGAGAACCCAAAGACGGGCACAAAAGCACUUCUGAAGAGUCGUCUGAGGCAGAAAAAUCAAUAUUAGACAAUGCACUCUGAUCGGUCUUUCAGACGAUUAUGACACAGCCUCUGAGGACGACCAGGUCCCGUUACUCCAGUAUCAGGACGUCGAGCGGGGAAAUGCAGCGCAAGGGCUCAGCGAAACAAACCAGCGAUCAAGCAAACAGAUGACCAAGUAACCCACAUAUGCACCAUUCAGACUCACACUCUGGGCUUCAGACUCACACUCUGGGCUUCAGACUCACACUCUGGGCUUCAGACUCACACUCUGGGCUAUAGACUCACAUUGAAGAUACAAAAUAACUAACGAUUUAUUUAUUUAAAAAUAAAACUGACAUUAUGGAGCCAAACGAACUCUGUACAGAGACAAAAAUGUAUAUGAAUUGUUUUUUCUCUCUCCAAUUCCAUAUGAUUAUGUUGGGCCUAAAUGAGCUCAACGACUGUUCAGGUCUUGAUUGAGUAAAUGGACGUAUGUAAAUCUGAGACCAAAAACAUGUGUUUUCUGAAAAACUGUGUGGGACCAGCCUUAAUGCGAAUGAAGCCAUUCUGUAUCGCUUUAAUUUGCAGUGUUGAAGGACUAGUAUUUCAGGAAUUAAAGUCAUAAUGUAAGCGCAAUGCAAUGUAACUACAGUGUUGGGGAAGCAACUCUGAAAAUAUAGUUUACCCAAGCUAUCAAUUACUUCACACUGGAAGAAGUUAAGCUACACUAAAAAAGUUACCCCGAAGAAAAAUAUAGUUACUUAGCUAAAGUCAACUACUUAGUUAGAAAUGAUCAUAUCUAAAUCUGAAAUGUCAUAGACUACAUAUUGCAAGAACAGAUCACUCUGGAGUCAGAUGUUAAACAAUGUGUAGUGAGAAUUAGGCACACAAAAUGUGUUUCGAGUGAGAAUUAGGCAGAUCUGAUGCCAAAAAAGAAAUUCACCUAUAUUUUCUUUUCUUAUUGCAACAAAGUAGUGUGUAGUUCCAGUAGUUAGCUACAUGGCAAAAAAGGUAAUUAACUACUGAAAACACUACCAAGAUUAUAAUUUUGUUCAACUACCACCAAGGUACUGCAACAUUUAAUUAAAUGACUAGUUAAACUACAUAUAGUUCACUAUUCCCCAACACUGUAACUAUAGUGUACAGUGAUUAUGUGGCGUCACUAGUGUUUGCUAUAGAGUGUAAACUGAAGUUUCAUACUGUAGAGGGACACACGAGACAGUGUUGUUUUUAAAACAAUGGUUCAAGCCCACUUGAAUGAUGUGUAAACACAUUUUGUGAUUUCAGURACUGUUUCAAAAUGAUGUUGUUUUCUUAUGAAUAACCGGAAGGAAUGGAUGUAGUCUAUGUGCAGCUAUGAUACAAUGAUAUUGGGUGUCUAUAUAAUUAUGACAUUUGUAUUCAUGUAUAAUUGUAGCUAAUAAUCACUCGCUAAAAACUACAACCCUCAUCCUAAACAUAAAAGCAAACUUUCAAUCACUGAGAAGAGUUAGGUUAUAUUAGCUUCCUGGCUUGUAAUUGCCCUUGGGCUUCCUGAAUCACAUGUCCUGUCUGCCAAGAGGCUCAGCAGCAGCCAUGUUGACAUCCACGAGCCUGAACGAUUGGACGAGCAGCGCUACGUGCAGAAAGACUUCCCUAACAAUAGCCAAUAGGGGGUGGAGAAUGUCCCUGACAGCCCAUGAGACGUUGACGAGACACCUGGCCGUGGGCUGGAGGGCGUGGCUAAACCGUGCCCCGAACAGAGGUGUGAUGAUCCACUACGACUUGUCCCACUAUCAACACCUGUGUGCACACAGGUAGAGACAGGUGAACUAAAUGCAACCAGAAUAUAGGUAAUGUAGACUUAAUAGAGUAUAUUUUUAAAUAACUGAAUUCUAGWUAUUAAUCUGAAUAUACCCAUGCACAUCAUUAUCCCUUGGAGAGCAACUUUACCUUGAUGACAUACUGUGUGAUGAAGCUGAGCAGCUCUAUGAUGAAGGCAGUAGCCAGGCUGAAGUGGAAGCUGAUGGUCUGGUAGAUUCCACRCCAACAGCUUAUUCCCCAUGCAGAGACAAAAUAAACUUCAACAAGAAGGUCAAUUUAAAUAUGGAUAAUGAGCAAAGUGUGGCAAGAAAGGUGUGCCACUACCUGUGCAGGGAAUGGUCACAGGCAUCGCCAUCCUCUGGGGUCAURCUCUCUGUGAUGGGGUAACAUGCACAGGUCUGUGAAACAAAAAUCUCUAAUACCUUAUUAAUAAUAAAUCAAUAAAUGUAAUACUCAGUGUGCACAACCAAACAAUGCCUGAGUCUACAUGGUUUGCAAGGGGCUGUGCGCUGCUGUGUGCUUGCUUACGCGUCCUCCAUGUGGUUGAUGGCUGUCCUCUCACCUGCUGCCUCUCUGUCUGUCCCCAGGAAUUGCAUGAACCCUGUCAUCCUCUCUAGACUCCUUAGAGAGGGGGAACACACAUCUCUCACACCACUCUGGACUGCUUUUGAUUGUGAUUCAUGUUCAGUUAUUAUGUCUGUAUGACAUGUAUAUACUGUAGUACUCUCUCUUAGAAGCACUGUUGCCUUUAGAGAUGUAUUAUCUAAGGAAGCUGCCUAUAUGUAAUGCCAAAAUAAACUGUACUGGUGCUGCAAAUACUGUGAAUCAUGAGUAGAGUAGGAGUGUUUGGUGCAAUAUAAUGAAAUGGAAGGGAGAUAAUACUGUGCAACUUCAUUCAUUUGAUCCCCAGUGUCCCUUUUAUAGAGGUUUAGGGGUGGAACAGACAUUAGCACUGCAAGACAUUAGACAUUAGUAUUGUAAGUACUCGCUGCUGUAUUGCCAUCUAGGGUCCUUCAUGGUGUCCAGUUUCAGGAGAAGAUGCUGGAGUUUGUCCUUUUUCAGAGAGAGAUCUAUCAGAGAAAAAUAAAAUACAUUAACUUUAGCUAAAUGCAAAGCAAACAUUAACUAGGCCUACAUUUGGAAGAUAGAUUCUGAAUAAUUUUGCAUCCUAGACAGUAAAAGGCCUAUUUCUUAGGGUCAUGCUCUGAUUACUACCACAUGCUGUGAAAAACAUGAUUYGGGUACAUUAGUAUCAACAAAUCCACCCAGUGCUUUUCCCCUUUGCCCUGUCAAAGACCUCUGACAUGGCGUUCCUUUGGGGCCCUGGGGUGGGAACCGGCCUGCUGUUUAAGACAGAUACUCAUGGCUGCUGGGGGGAUUGUUGGAAGUGGAGGGUCCGACAUCAUUAUCAUUCCCGUUGGUGCUACAGCCCUCUAUGAAAACAUACACAAAGAUUUUUACUCRAGUGAUGUUUUGUUUUGCCCCCAGGAAAGUCCUAGUCAGUGGUUUCUGAUUGAACUGGACACUCAGCCAAGAGAUACAAUCUAGUGUUUGGAAUAUAAGGAGUGUCUCACCAUGAUCAAUGGACCGGAAGUUAUCAUCGAUGACUUUAUAAUUCUCUGCCCUGUGGCUUUUGUUGUGAUUGGUGGAGGUGACAUUUACAGGUGUGCUUGGACCUAUACCUGAGAGAUGUMAAAUCUGCCCUGAGACAGAGGCAAUACCCAGAGGUAAUCACCUGCUUUUGACAG